CACCUCUGUCCGGAGCUCUAAAGGACAAAGGGAAGAACCAUGUCCACGAUUGCAGCUUUCUAUGGUGGCAAGUCCAUUCUCAUUACUGGGGCCACGGGCUUCAUGGGCAAAGUGCUGAUGGAGAAGCUAUUUCGCACUAGCCCCAACCUGAAAGUCAUUUACAUCCUUGUGAGGCCCAAGGCUGACCAGACACCGCAGCAGAGGGUUUUCCAGAUCCUAAAUAGUAAGCUCUUUGAAAAAGUCAAAGAAGUUUGUCCAGACGUGCAUGAGAAGAUCAGAGCUAUCUCUGCAGAUCUCAAUCAGAGCGACUUUGCCAUCAGCAAGGAGGACACGCAGGAGCUUCUCUCCUGCACAAACAUCGUCUUCCACUGUGCCGCCACUGUACGCUUUGACGACCAUCUGAGACAUGCCGUGCAACUAAACGUCGCUGCCACCCAGCAGCUCUUGCUUAUGGCCAGUCAGAUGCCAAAGCUCGAAGCCUUCAUACAUAUCUCUACUGCCUAUUCAAAUUGUAACCUGAAGCACAUCGAUGAAGUCAUCUAUCCAUGCCCUGUGGAGCCAAAAAAAAUCAUCGACUCCAUGGAGUGGUUGGACGACGCUGUUAUUGACGAGAUUGCACCCAAGCUGAUCGGGGAUUGGCCCAAUGCUUACACCUUCACCAAGGCCCUGGGAGAGAUGGUGGUGCAGCAGGAGAGCAGGAACCUAAACAUUGCCAUCAUAAGGCCCUCCAUUGUGGGAGCAACCUGGCAGGAGCCUUUCCCAGGUUGGGUUGAUAACCUAAAUGGACCUAAUGGGAUCAUUAUUGCGACCGGGAAAGGACUUCUUCGGGCCUUAAGAGCUACUCCGAAGGAUGUCUUAGAUGUAGUUCCAGUUGAUAUAGUCGUCAACCUCACCUUGGCUGUAGGAUGGUACAUGGCAGUUCGCAGACCUACGUCAAUGUUAAUCUACCACUGUACAUCUGGUAACCUCAAUCCCUGUAAUUGGGGCAAAAUGGGACCGCAAGUCUUGGCAACCGUCAAAAAAUUCCCAUUUGAGAAAGCUUUUAGGAGGCCCAAUGCUGACUUCACAACCAACACCAUCACAACCCUUUACUGGAAUACAGUCAGCCACCGCGCCCCUGCCAUCAUCUAUGACUUCUGUCUGUGGCUCACAGGAAGGAAGCCCAGGAUGACAAAGCUCAUGAAUCGGCUUAUAAGAAGCCUUUCCUUAGUGGAGUAUUUCAUCAAACAGACUUGGGAAUGGAGCACGUACAAUACAGAAAUGCUGAUGUCCGAGCUGAGUCCUGAGGACCGGAGGGUAAGGACAGCACUGACCUGA